CCAGUUAAAUCGAGCCAUAUUGGUCCAUCAUUUAUCACGACAAUAUAGGGAACAGAUUUUAUUGAGAAAUACAGAGCUGGAAAUAUUCAAUGACUGACGCUCAAAAUUUAAAAGAAAAACAUCAUUUCUACCACCAGCCUGUUACUGAUUAUCAGUCAAAGUCCUAAAAGAAUACUUCGAGAGACAAUUUGAAAAAAAUACAAAUGAAAGUUCUAAAAAAAAUGCUCCAAGAGUAGAUGCGAACCUGAUACAAUGUGUAAAAUACUAUGAGUGGAAGACCUCAUAGAACAGUCAUAAAUACAACAAUGACAUGAGUGGAAGACCCAAAAGAACAGUCAUAAAGACAACAGUGACAUCAGUGGAAGUCCUAAAAGAAUAGACACUAAUUCUGAUAAACUCCAGGCUAAUAAUAUGAGUGAAAGUCCUAGAAGAAGAGACCGAGAUACAAAUAAAAAAAAAACAAAGACAGAUAUGCAAAAUAUGAGUGGAAACCCUAAAAUGGUAGACCCAGAGACAAAUACAUAAAAUAAUUUGAGUGCAGAUUAUAAUACAAGACACUCAGAGACAGGUAUACACAAUAAUUUGAGAGAAAAUCCUAAUAGAAGAGACCACGAGGCAAUUAUACCAAAUACUAUGAGUGAAAAUACAACUAUACCAAAUACCUGUACAAAACUCAAUGAUGACAUAUUAAAGAUUGAAAAUGGUGAAACCAUGGAUCUUAACCAAGAAAUAAUUGUGUGUGAUAAGAAUUUUACUAAAUCUAACGAUUUGCCGAUUAAACUGAAGAAAAAUGAUGAAACUGUAACGAAAUAGAUGCACCAGCAACAGAUUCAAAGAUGUUUCAAUGUGAUGUUUGUAGUAAAUCAUUUAAUUUAAAUGGAGAUCUUAAAAGGCAUGUUCAAAUUCAUACCAGGAAAAAACAUUAUAAAUGUGAUGUUUGUAGUAAAUCAUUUGCACUGAAAAGCUAUCUACAAAUUCAUAAAUCUAUUCAUUCCGGAGACAAACCAUUUAUCUGUGGUGUCUGUAACAAAUCUUUUCGAUUAUCCGGAUCUUUGGAGCGACACAUGAGAAUUCAUACGAACGAGCGACCGUUCGUCUGCUCUGUUUGCGGUAAAGCGUUCCACAUUAGUUCUGGAUUACAAAAACACUUUAAGAUUCAUACCGGCGUCAAAGAGUUUGAAUGCGAAAUAUGCAGUAAAGCAUUUUUUUGUAAAGGUCAUCUCCAGCGUCAUGUAAAUAACACUCAUAUUGGUGUGAAACUUUUUAAAUGUCCUACUUGCGGCAAGUCUUUCAGCGAAAGCUGCAACCUCAAAUAUCAUUUAGCUAUUCAUACGGGCGAAAAAUACAAUAAAUGUGAAGAAUGCGGGAAGGCUUUUGUUCACGGCAGCACUCUUCGACGCCAUAUUAGAAUUCAUACAGGUGAGAAAAACUAUAAUUGUGAUGUUUGUGGCAAGUCAUUCAAUACUAAUGGCGGACUCCAAGUGCACGUAAAAAUUCACACGGGCGAAAAACUCUUUAAGUGCGAAUACUGCGGAAAAUCUUUUAAUUCGAAUGGAAAUCUUCAACAGCACAUCCGGAUCCACACGGGAGAAAAACCUUAUAGAUGUGAUGUUUGCGGUAAAUUCUUCACGUCAAAUAGUUCGGUCAAAGUCCACAUGAGAGGUCAUACCGGGGAGAAGAUGUUUCGAUGUGAUGUUUGUAGUAGGACAUUUUAUACUAAUAGCAAUCUUCAACAACAUCUGAGAGUUCAUUCUAAAGAUAAAGGUUAUAAAUGUGAGACUUGUAGCGUAUCGUUCACUUCCAGUAAUUCUUUUAAAGCUCACAUGAAAAUUCACACUACGUUGGUUCGCUAGCGAGAGAAAUGGGGUUUAAUGUCCACUCGACACAAACUAGGUCAUUUUGGGACUAACAUAUGGUUUAAUUUUAUUUCAAUAAUUCGCUUGCAUGUAGGGGUCUUUAACAGUGGAAGGAAACCGGAGGACCCGGAGAAAACCCAUGAGGUUGGACAGGCGACCCUACGUCUUGUCACGUACAACUGGGUAUUCGAAACCACGCCAGUUGACUCAAUGACAGGCCGUAUGAUACAGCAUGCACGUGCUUACCAUUUGGCCAUCCAACCCCCCUGGUUCGCUAGCCUGAAUGUCCUGUGUUUGAUCCAGGUAGAUGCGUAAUGAAGAUUGUCUGUCUUUGCUGUAAUAGUUCAAAAUUAGAUAAUGUAAAAUGAAUAUAUUGAAAAUUACUAUAUUCUGAGCGAAAUUAUCACUGUUGGUAGUUGUCAAGAUGUGUGAAUUGGUUGUUCAUAAUUGUAACAACGGUACUUGUUAUUCAAGAUUUAGCCUCGCUUCUCCAGUUUUUAAUUAAUUCAUUAAAUUGCCACAGCGUUCUAAUCUACUUAAAAUCGGAGCCACCCAAUGGGCCAGAUAGUUGAUUAUGGGCUUGUCAUGCCAAUAAAUGUUUAAAUAAUAAUUUAUAACAUUUGAAUUCAAGAUAAAGACCUGCAAUAGGCAAAUUUAGCUCUUUAACCCAUUAAGUGCGUAGGUCGUUAUAUAACGUCCAGGACAACUGCCACUCACUGUGUGUAGGACGUAAUAUGACGCCUCAGAGGUAUUUUCCCCAACCUAUUCUUAGAACAUAGUACAUAGUUCUUCGUCACAAUUACACAAUAGGGGAUAGUUAACGUUUUAAAAACGUCACGCUUAAUGGGUUAAGUGACUUCUAUAUAAAAUUUACAGCACUCUUUAUAUUAUACAUGAUGCCUCUAUUUUGAUCUGGUUUCAAGCAAUCAAAAUAAAAUUAGAUUUCCCAUUUUGUUCUGACUUGGGUCAUUUUUUUUAGUCUACUCUCUAUGUGUGUCCUCUUUGAAUUCCAAUUUGCCCCCGGGGAGGUUGGAUGGAUGCAUGGGUAUUAGAUGACAAGGCCUGUCAAGUGGCGUGGGUUCGAUUCUCAGCUUGUACUUGACAGGAAAUGACUCUGAACUGGGCUAAUGAAGACGGGCAUACGCCAUACAGUGUGCUAUGAGGGAAAUUUUGCCCGGGCAGCUGCACUAUUGCCUACUCUUAUAUCGAAUUCCAACUGCCAGGGGAUCUUUUAUGUGCAUUCCAAUAUAUACACAAGACCUCGUUUUUUCGUCCCAUCCUAACAACUAGACAGCUGUCCUUGUCCGGCAUCACUGACAAGGGGGAACCACAACGGAAAAUCUGGAUGAACUUUCUCGGCCAAUGCAGGAAUCGAACACCCGACCUCCAGGCUAGCGAGCCAGCGUCUUACUCUUACCCACUUAGCCACAUCAUCCCCGGUCUUGGGUCUUUUGUCCACCCUCGUGGGGAAAUUUAUAAUUCAACCCUAUUUUCAAGUAGAAUUUUGCGAUUAUGCCACGAUCCCACAACCUCCGGUUUGCGUAAAAACAAGUUUCAUAAUGUCGGACCUAUUGAAACGUAAUUUGUUUUAUGUUUUUGAAUCGCGAAAUUCUACUCAAAAAUAGUGGUGAAUUAUUGUAAAUUUAUGUCAGAUGUGGCGAGAAAUAAUUUCUUUUGGCGAAAAAAGAAGAAUAAAAGUGAAAAAAAAGAAGGUAAGGAUUCAAAAAAAAGCCUUAGAACAGAGAUGGGGGUAGAGAGAUA